GCCGUGCCUCCUUGAGCCUCUGCUCUUAAAAGCAUCAGUGUGCUGGAGGAGAGAAGACUUCCUUCAGGAGGACAGAGCACCACAGCGUGACCUGCAGCUUUCCUUGACACUAGUUGAGUUUACAUUAGGGGCGACAGGUGUGUGUGUAUUGAGCAUGAAGACUCCCAGAGCUGCUGUGCUGCUGUUGCUGUGGGUUGGGCUGGUUGUGGCUGCAGAGGAGGAGGCCUGCCAGCCUGACCUCUCCACUGUGGUAAGCGAGAUCCGCGGCCUGGUGGCAGAGCAGAAAGUGGAGCUUGCAUACACUAAGACACAACUGGAGGCCAUGGAGACCAGACUGAGAGCCAGUGAGAUGACAGUAGAGGAGCAGAGAGAACAGCUAAAGCAGCUUAAGAGUGUCAACGAAGAUCAGGCAGUAAAUAUAAACCUCACAGGGAGCCAGGUGGAGAAGCUGUGGAGAGAGAGAGACGAGAGGACGGUGGCUUUCUCCGCCUCAAUGCGGACAUCUGGUGGUGCAUAUACAGGACCCAUUUCUGUUCCAACUACUUUGGUCUUCAAACAUGUCGUCACUAACAUUGGAAAUGGCUACAACCCAAACACAGGAGUCUUCACAGCUCGAGUCCGAGGGGCCUACCAUUUUGUUUUGUUUAUCCAUGGCCAUGCUUCAAAAGCUAUAGCAGCCCAUCUGUAUAGAAACGCAGAGAUUAUUGUCAGCCCUUACAGUUACACAAGUGGAAGUACGACUCCCUCCAAUGGAGCCUCUCUGCUGCUGGAGGUGGGAGAUGUGGUCUAUGUGAAGCUGUGGGCUAAUGCAAGGCUCUAUGAUAAUUCAGCCCACCACACCUCCUUCUCUGGCCACCUGCUCUUCCCCAUGUGAGGAGUCAGUCCUGAAGUGAAUCAGACCUACAGUACGAUAUUGCAUUGCUGUCAACACAAUAGCCUGCUUUCCAUUUGGUGUCUUCACAUCACUGAUUACUGUUGUUUCUGAACAUAAGAGAUAAUAAAAUAAAAAUGAUAA